AUAACUGAUUAGUUUUCUGCUUGCUCUGGAUUAGAUUGCAGUUGUGCCUACUUGAAUGGAUCUGGUAAGGGUGUUAAAUGGAAAUUAUUGCUUAAGAAGGGGAUGGACGCGUAAAAAGUGACCCUAACCGCUUCAGCCAGUUGUUUACAAAUACAAGCUCAUUGUUUUGGAACAUAAAAUCGCCAGAAUUUCGCAAAAUGUUGCCUGGAAUCGGUGUUUUUGGCACUGGGCCGGUUGUGAAAGUGCUCAUUCCCAUCCUGCGGGAAAACGGGUUCAAAAUCGAAGCCAUUUGGAGUCGGACCCUACAAGAUGCCCAGGAAGCAGCCAAAAGCCUCAACAUCCCCUUUUUUACCAACGUGAUUGACGAUGUCCUUUUGAAGAAAGAUGUAGACUUAAUAUUCGUGCUGUGCUCCCCGAAUUUACACGCCCAAAUUUCGGUGAAAGCCUUGGGCAUUGGGAAGCAUGUAGUUUGCGAUAAACCUGCCGGCCUUUACCAGUCAGACGCCCUUAAGAUGGUCAGGGCUGGACAGUACUACCCCUCUCUUAUAUCCCUGAUCAACCACUCGUUCAGAUUCCUGCCAGCUUUCAUACAGCUGAAGAAAAAGCUGGAGGAAAACUAUCUGGGCUCCCCCAUCACACUGAUUGAUAUCAAAGUGCAGACCGGCUCAUUAUUUACGGACAUCGAUACAUUUGACUGGAAGUGCAAUGCUGAGAUGGGCGGGGGCACUUUGAACCUCAUCGGCAGCCACAUAGUGGACCUGAUCACUUUCCUGACCGGGGAGAAAGCCAUCAGAGUACACGGAGUUGUGCGAACAUUCACAAAACACACGGAGACCAUAAAGGGAAUCCGGCAAAUAACAGCUCCAGAUUUCUGCGUGUUCCAAAUGGAGCUGCACAACGGAGUUCUGGUCACAGUCAACCUCAACAGCCACGCAAUUGGCAGUACUUUCCAACAAGAGAUUUUAGUUUGCUCCAGUACUGGCCAUUUGGUGGUACGCGGAGGUGAUCUCUUCGGGCGCAAAGAGAAGACCACUGAAGAAGUAAUCUAUUUGGACGUGGAGGACUUGAAGUGUCCAGUUCCCAACUCGAUGCUGCCGAAAACCUUCAUCAAAGGCCUGUGUAAGAUGGUGGCAGCCCUUAGAGAGGCCUUUCUACCCGUAAAUGAUCAAGCCGGUUGGAUAAAAGAGCCGGUGUCAACGGCUGCUAAUUUCGAAGAUGGAUUGUACGUACAAGCCGUUCUUAGUGCGAUCAAGCACUCAUCUCAGACUAAGCAGUGGGUGAAAGUCAGCAUAAUGACCGAACAGCCGGAUAAAAACGAAUUGCUCAGUGCUGUUGUUCGACGGACUGCCAUUUCUAUGUCUUAGGGGCAGGGAGAACGUAACUAUCUAUAUGUGGUUUAUAUUUUAUUGGAGUUUUUGCUGCUAAUGUGGGCGGUUAGCGUUACUAUUGAACAUGGCUAAAACUGCUGUGAAUGUGGCUUUUAUAUCAUUAGCUGUGAUCGUUGUUAUUUUUAUAUUAAACGUUAAUCACUGAA